UUCAGCUGGACCGCAGAUCAUGAGCGCAAACUCUUGUUGCUGACCAUGGGACGCACCAUCACCACGGACGACUAUCACAAGCUCGUUGAUGCCUUGCCUCCCGGCACCAACUGGAACGCGAUUCGCCAACGUUUCGUCAAGAUGCGCAAGGAGCAGCGUGCAUGUAUGGAGGAGCUCGGCUGGACACUACCCGAUGGUGCCACUGAGACUCCUACUAAGACACCUACCAAGUCCCCAAAGAAGCGUACUGCUGCCGCUGAGAAGAGCGAUGAGGGUGGUGAUGCUGAGGCCGAAUCCCCCACCAAGAAGCCGCGCGCUCGCAAGCCUAAG